AUGUGGAAUACCAUUUCCAGUAUAAUGAUGCGUAGUGAGGUUUUUUUGAAAUUUAUUUACAUCUGGGAAUGGUACGAAUCGUCAUUUAUAACUAAUGUAUAUUAUCUGACUUAG